AUGGAUAAAUAUAUUGUCGACAAAAAUCUAGGCUUAGAUACACUUGCUGAACGCAUUGUGGUUCGGCAAAAAGAUUCCAAUAAAACUUAUCUAUUGUCAAAAAUGGAAUUGAUGGAUAUGGCAACAACGGCUGUGGCAUAUCAAGAAUAUCUUCCUCUAAUGAAAUUAUCCUAUGAAAAUAUUGCAUCCUACUUUGAUAUAUUUACAUCAGUUGAACAUAAAAUCAGUGCAACUUACAUUAAUCUUAUAUCUGAAUAUUUUCCAAUGGGAAAUCUUGAUACUUAUCUGCAAAGCAUUCGAAAUGAAAAACAAUCACUCAAUAAUCAAUUGGUCGAUAUGUGGUUUGCACAAAUUUUAGAUGGAUUAAUGUUUCUAUGGAAUCAACAUGUUGUUCAUCGAAAUUUAAAACCGGAUUGUAUUUAUUUACGCGGUGAAAAUAAUGAACAAAAUUGUUCAUUAGUUAUUAGUGAUAUCAUCCCAUCAUCGGUUGCCUAUGAUAUUCGUAUGCGAACACGAUUACCUCGUCGUGCACUUUCGUAUACAGCACCGGAAAUAUUGGCAUCAGAAAAAUAUACAAGUCAAUCGGAUAUAUAUUCAUUGGGUUGUGUACUUUUGGAUAUGAUUACUUGUGAUACAUUGACGGAUGAAGAAACAUUACAAUUACGUAUUUGUGCUCGGCACGAUGCUAGUACCUUGUCACAAACGUUGCAAACUUUACAAAAAGCACACGAAACAAUACCAGGCUUGAUCGGUCGAAUGGUAGUUCCAAAUAUUGAAGAGCGUAUGAAAAACGGAGAUUUUCUACAUGAUGAAUAUGUAAUUGAAUGUAUGCAUAAUAUCGAUUCAAGUCAACUGAAAUAUCCAUCUCGAAGUGAUAAAAAAUGGAGUCAUAAUGAUUUAGCAACUAACGAAAAGAUAGAAUAUUAUCUCAAAUAUUUAAAACAACAUCGUAACGCUGAAAUUCGUGUUGAAAAUGCAGUUCAACUAUGUAAUCAAUCAAAAUCCAUUGAUUUAUCAAUAUUGACAAUAUGUUUUCAAAAAGAUCUAAUACCUAUUGUUGAACAUUUUCUAUCGAAUGCAACUAUAAUUCAAGCUACACUCGAACUCCUAGCUAAAAUAAUACAAAGUGAUCUGAUACUUACGUCGCAAGUUGUCUUCUUUGUUACAAAACUGAUGCCUUCAUAUGAAGAUAAUGAAGAGUUGACUAAAAAGAUAGGUGAUAUUCUCAUAGCUCUUGCAACACAAAAUACAAAACUGUUGACCUAUGCACAAAUAGCUGCGAAUUUAGUUCGAGUUAUGACUAAAUAUGAAAAUAAUGCUGAUAUUAGUGCAAGAUGUUGUACACUUAUUUGGCUUAUGGCAAAAGACGCAAUGACUAAGGAACUUCGUGAUAAUCAAGCAUCCAUCUUUGGCAGUUUCGUAAAUAUUCUUCAAAAUCAUCCGAAUAAUAGUGAUCUGUUUACUAAAGUGUGCUUUGCAUUCUUACCGUUCAUUUUUGAAAAACGGACUGCUGAUUAUUUAGUACAAUUUAAUCUUGUACGGCAUUUUACUAUUGGUUUACAAACGCAUACUAACGAUCAACAGGCCAUCAAAGCUGCACUUGCUGUUUUAUCUGAAUUAUUCAAACGAGAUGAACGUUGUGUGAUGCGUUUUAUUUGUAGUCGUUCCAAUGAUGGUACUAUUCUCGAAUCGAUGGAAAUUCUUACUAAAAUAUUUGAUCAUUUUAAAAAUCAUAUUGAUGUAGCACGAGGAAUAAUGACAUUAUUACAAUCAAUGUCAUCUUAUGAUGAUGCUAUUGACGAAAUGAUAUCAACUAAAAUGGAUGAAACUUUACUUUACGAAAUCAAACGUUAUCAUUCGGAUAAUGAAGAUAUUUCACGAAUUAGUGAACAUAUUAUGACAUGUAUUCGACAGCGAAAAUUUAUUUAA